AUGGCAGCUAGUGUUUUGGGAGUAUCUGGGGAGGGGAACGGGCGAAUUGACGUUGCAUCGUCUCCUGCGGAUCGGCCAACGAGCCCCCGCGAGAUUAAAGAGACCGCUGAUCCGCAGUACCCCGACGAACCAGCGUCGACGGAAGCCAUCUGGAAGACGCUGGCCGUGCCGAUUGCCUGGUCCCUCUGUUACGUUUCGCCUCAUAAGGUAUGGCGGUCGGGCAACUCUGUGCCACCUGGGAUCGGCAUUGGAGGGUACGGGUUCUGGGUUCUGGGUUCUACGGGAUGA